AUGGAACGUGUUGCCUUGCCAAAGAAGACAGCUUUGCUUUUUCUGCUUGGCAGUGCCCUUCUGCUGACGCUGGCGACGGCGCAAGACACUAAGACGAGGACCACUGCAGCAGCUCCGGCUAGCGGACAUUCUACAGAUCCCGCUAAAGCUGAUGACAGCACCGCAGUUUCGCAGGGCAACGGAGGUCGUCACAAUGGCGGUGUUGGUCCUAAACAAGAGAUGGUGUCCUUCACUGUCAACGUGCCCCUGAGCUCUCUCGAGGAUCCUGCAGUGGGUGACUUUUUCUUCGGGGACCUGCUGUCUUCCUUCGGCUCGUUCUUCUCGGAUCUGUUCUCUGUCGACGGCUGGAACAGAGACGAGGUCGAAGAAAACCCGUACUCUUCAGCGGCCUCUGGUGUUUCCACGUCCGGCUCCUACGGCUUGGCGCAUUCAACAUCCCCUGAAAACAUGGUAACUGCCGCUGGCGGUUCAUACGCUUUCACAAACACUUACGGCGGCUCCGCGUCCUCCCAGUCGUCUACGCGCGUCGGCGAAGAGGACAGCACCAUCGCGGAAGACGAAGCUUUUCUCUCGUACCUGACAUCUGCGUACCGUCUUCCCGGCAUGCAGAGCAUCCUCGGCAGUGUCAUGGGAGUCCCCUUCAUGGACAUGUUCACAGCAGGUUUCGAUGGAGGAAGCACGGGCAUGGCAAAUGCAGGCGGGAAGCCUGCAGGCAACGAAGGUGCGGGGAUGUUCGAUCUCAUUGCGAACCUGCUGUCUGCGAAUCCUGAAAGUCUCGUCGGGCCAGACGUUGUGUCGCACAUCACGGCAGACAGCUGCCUCUUUGAGAUCGACCUCAAGUCUGUCCCAAAAACCGCCUCCAUCACCGUAGGCGUCGAGGGCGAUGCAGUCUUCGUUGAAUACUCCAACACCUUCUCCGAAAAAUCCAAGUCCUCAACUCUCGACGCAAAGGCGGAAACCAGCGCCGAGGACGCGGCUGUCAACGCGAAUGAAACGGGGGACAACGCAGUGGAAGGGGUUGGUGAGGACAAGGCGCACACCGGCUCUCAUUCCGAGUCUAGGAAGAUGGAGUCAGCCAAGAACCUGAGAGGCAGCGGAGGGGCACAAGCAAAUGUAUACUCGUACGAAAGGUUCACGAUCGACCCCGCAUGCGACUACGAGAGCUCCGACGCGAAAGCCGCAAGAGUCGAAGACGACAAGCUGCGGAUUAAGUUUCCUCUGAAGAAAACAGACGGCGUAAAGACCACCGAUGGUGCCGAGGCCACUCAACUAGCUGGAGAGGAUUCCGUAGAGGGAAAGACGGAUGCGAGCACACAGGAAGAGGCGACUGAGGCUGAGACUGAGCACGAAGAAGCCAAGGAGGCCACGCUAGAUAUGACGAAGCCGGAGGAAGGGAGUGCGCCGCAGAGGCUUGCACAGAAAAGUUCUUCUUCAGCUCCGACGAGCCACGCGCGACGGAGGAUUCUCCCUUUGGUUGCCGCUGAGGAGUUCUGA